GUAUGGAUACUCCAUUAAAAAUGAAAAUUUUCUGCAGAUUGGCUCUUGUACUUGUUCUAUUAUGUGCGAAGCCUGUUGUAUCUUCGAGACACAGGCAAUAUUAUAAGGGUGGUCAUGGGAGGAAACUGAGUUCUGGGGUUAGUAAUGAAGAUCUUGUGACCGACUUGCCUGGUCAGCCUCAUGCAGAUUUCAGGCACUUUGCUGGCUAUGUCACAGUGAAUGAAACUAACGGAAGAGCACUCUUUUACUGGUUUUAUGAGGCCAUCACGAAUCCUCAAGAAAAACCCUUGGUGCUUUGGCUUAAUGGAGGUCCUGGGUGCUCUUCAGUGGGAUAUGGAGCAACACAGGAGAUUGGUCCUUUUUUGGUGGACACUAAUGGGCAGGGUCUUAGAUUUAAUAACUUCUCAUGGAACAGAGAAGCCAAUGUUUUAUUCUUGGAAUCUCCUGUUGGUGUCGGCUUUUCCUACUCAAACACAACCAGCGAUUAUGAACAUAUUGGAGAUGACUUCACAGCUAACGAUGCUUACAAUUUUCUGCACAAGUGGUUUCUCAAGUUUCCAUCUUACAGAACCAGGACAUUUUACAUAGCAGGAGAGAGUUAUGCAGGGAAGUAUGUACCUGAGCUUGCUGAGCUCAUCGUUGAUAGGAACAAGGACCCUUACCUUCACAUUGAUCUUAAGGGUAUCCUGCUUGGGAAUCCGGAAACAUCUGAUGCUGAGGACUGGAUGGGUAUUGUGGAUUAUGCUUGGAGCCACGCUGUGGUUUCUGAUGAAACUUACGUUCUAAUCAGAGAAAGCUGUGACUUCAAAAGUAGUGACCCAUGGAAGAACAAAACCUGUUGUGAUGCUGUGGAUGAAGUUUUCUCACAGUACGGCAAGAUUGACAUCUAUAGCAUAUAUACCUCUGUCUGCUUUGCCAGUACUGCUCGCUCCAAUGAUGAUCAAUCCCUCCAAGGCCGACAACGCGUCAUGAAAUAUAAACGUUCGUCCAAAAUGAUGCCUAGGAUCAUGGGUGGUUACGAUCCAUGUCUGGAUGAUUAUGCGAGAACUUUCUAUAACAGACCGGAUGUUCAGAAGGCACUUCAUGCCAGUGAUGGUCACAGUCUUAAGAAUUGGAGCAUUUGCAAUGACAAGAUGUUCAACGGCUGGGGAGAUUCAAAGCCAUCUAUGAUCCCUAUUUACAAGAAGCUUAUCUCGGCAGGACUUAGAAUCUGGGUUUACAGUGGAGACACAGAUGGGAGAGUGCCAGUGCUGUCCACAAGAUACAGCUUAAGCACUCUGAAUUUGCGUAUCACCAAGCCAUGGACACCAUGGUAUCACGAGAACGAGGUAAGCGGGUGGUUUCAAGAGCACGAGGGGCUGACAUUUGCAACGUUUCGAGGAGCGGGACAUGCAGUGCCUUGCUUCAAACCAAGCAAUUCACUCGCACUCUUCUCUUCCUUUCUGCUUGGACAAUCACCACCUUCUACUAAAUAACACUCUCUCUACAAUGUUUCAUAUUAUAUAUAUAUAUAUAUAUAUAUGGGGUUUUGUAACUUCAUAUAAAGAAGAUUUUGGCCCUAUUAUAUAUAUAUAUAUAUAUAUAUAUAUAAAAGUAGCACUAGCAUGCUAGCUAGUAGGACGUCUUGUGUAUCCUAUAUAUAUGAAGAGCGACAAAACCAAAUAUAAUAAGUGUCCCCAUAAAAUCAAUGUGGUAUAUAGUUUUUGUUAUUUCCUCGAUGGGAGACAAAAAUUGAAUGGUUAUAUAUAUAGCCAGCUGUUUGGUAAU